AUGAUAGCGAACCUUCACAUUCCGGCUCAAGAACUUGUGAUUGAGACGAACGGACAUCUUUCCGGGGUUCCACUUAUCUUCUUCAAAGACCAAACACAAAAUUAUCGGAACUUCUAUAUCCUGCUCAGUUGUCCAGAUUUCCGUCGACUUGACCUUGCUCUGCUCACUGGCGACUAUCCCACAGAAGGGAACAACGCGACGCAGUGGGGUAUCUUUGGCCGGCCUGACUUGCGAUCUGCAUUGGAGCGAGGUAUAUUUCUGACACACUUUAGCCUCAGUGCGGAUGUCCGCCCCCGUGACCUUUUAGGGUCCGAGGACCUGAUUGCCAACGAAGAGUCAUGGGUCCCCAUACAGCAAAUACUACCCGUUUGUAGCUGGCCCAAUCUGCAGCAUUUCGGACUGUCUCGCUUCCCUGCGAAGCAGGCUGAGCUGGUUGACUUGUUGAACAACUUACCUGAGAGUGUCCGCUCGAUUGAACUUGGCUUCUUGGCGUUCAUCCUCGCUGAUGAAACUUAUGCCGGACUUCUUGACGCAAUACGCUAUAACAUCCGUUGGCACAACCGGCCCGAGAGCCUCAGGCCUCGGCUGGUGAUACUCUUACCGAUUCGCUCCUCAGCACCCAUGAGCAUGGCGAACCGGGUGGACCCCGAAAUACAGGACUUUUUAUAUCACGGGAGUGCGCAAGUCGAGUGCAUCGAGGGCACGCGAAUAACAACUCGUACCCGGCGGCGCCCUCAGCAAGAGCUCCUGGAGCGCCUUGCCCGGUGCGAGGAGCUCCUAAAGCAGCAGCAGCAAGGGACAAGCUCGACAAACUCUCCAAUGACUCAAUCGCCCCAGCCGAGAGGGACGGACGAAAGCGCACUGGAGCCUGUCUCGGUCGAAGAGUCGCAGGCGCGCGCCAAACCAAAGUCAACAGGCGGCAAGAUGGUCAAUGACAAGGGCCAGGUCCAGUUCAUGGAUAGCCAGGCUUGGGUCAAUAUUCAUGAGGAAAUUCACGCCAUUAAGGAGCUUAUCGAGACCGAUGAGCCCGGCAAUAGCAGCGCCUUCGGGUCCGAGUCAUCGGCCAAUGAUGCACUCUUCUCGGAUGCCUUCCCCAAUCGGAGGAUCGAGGAUCUCCGGCCAGAGCCAAUCCAUAUCUUCAAGCUAUGGCAGAUAUUCGUCGCCCGGGUAAACCCCAUUGUCAAGGUCGUUCACGUUCCCACGGUGCAGUCGCAGGUCAUGGCGGCGUCAACAGAUUUUAACAGCAUACCUUUGCGCUGCCAAGCACUUUUAUUUGCUAUUUUUGCCAUGGCCGUACUUUCGUUGGCCAAGGACGAAGCGUUGGAAAUUCUGGGUAGUUCCCGACAAGAUUACCUCAGAAGACUUCACGUUGGCACAAAGACUGCGCUUGCUAAGCUUGAUUUCCUCAAUAACUACGACAUGGUGGUGCUUCAAACCUUGUUACUAUAUUUUUUCUCGCUUGAAAACACCUAUAAUAGCCACGCAACUUGGAUUCUCGGCGGACUUAUAGUUCGUCUCGCACAAAAGAUGGGCUACCACCGCGAUGGAGAGACACUGGGCCUGACCCCUUAUGAGACAGAGAUGCGCCGGCGGAUAUGGUGGCAGAUAGUGUUGCAGGACAGCAAGAACGCCCUCGUCUCUGGUUUGAGCCACUCAAUGCUCCUCAAGAACUGGGACACCAAGAUGCCGCAGAACGUCAACGACGCCGACCUUUUCCCCGGCUCCUCGGAGCCCAUCUAUCCCAGAGAGGGACCUACCGAGAUGGGAUUCUGCCUUUACAGCUACCACGUCGCCAAGUUUUUGACCGACGCUGAGUCCCUCUACGAAUCCGAAUCCACCAACCCGUGGGAUGAUGACGACCUCUUGCUUCUCCCCCUGACGCAGCGGAAUAAACAACUCGUCGAAAUGCUCGAGAGGUCCCUCAACGAGUUAGAGGAGCGGUAUAUUGAUGCGUACGCCGGCAACAUACACGUUUUCUCCCUGGCUCUGCGCCCAAUCGUGGUCGAAAAGAUGCGGGAGAUGACGAUCCCCAUGAGACAGCAGCCAGAAUGGGGCACAGAGAUCUUCAACAAGAAGGACAACUUGUUCAAGACGGUGAUGAUAGCCGGCGACACCUUGCGGAACAUAUACGAGGUCUCGAUCCGGACGGGGUUCGUCUGGUUCGUCAAGCAUCACUUCCGCCUCGACGUCCUGGCAUUCCUCGUCGCGCAGCUGUGCCAGCGCCCCAUCGGCAUUCUCACGGACCGCGGCUGGGGGUUCGUGGAGACCGUGUACACCUAUGAAGAUCAGCUCUUCGACCUCACUCAGCGGCCCUUUGCCCAGCAAGCGAAACUCGUGGCCAGGGCGUGGGACGUCCGCCAGCGGGUUCACGCUCAGGCUGGCACGGUGUUGGAGACGCCCGAGUUCGUCCGACGUCUCCAGGAGGCUCUUGGCACAGCCAGCAGCCAAGCGGCCGAAUCGACUGGGUCAUCACACCAGGCGGAGGAGACGGAGGUGGAGGUGGAGGCGGAUCAAAGCCUGGAGAGUGCUUUCGACGUCUUGGGGUCUGACUGGCAGGCGUUGCCGGACAUUACUUAUUCUCAGGGGCAGAUGGGCCCGGACUUCUAUGGGAAUCAGUUUGGACCCUUUUACUGA